AUGCCGCCCAAAGGGAAGAAGGAUGAGGGCAAGGGCAAGAAGCCCGCGGCGUCCAAGCAAGUCGAGGACCGGACCUUCGGCAUGAAGAACAAAAAAGGAUCCGCCGCACAGAGACAGAUUAAGCAAAUAUCCUCAUCUCUGUCGGCCAGUGCCGACGAGAAGCGCAAGCAGGAAUUGAAGGAGCAGAAGGCGCGAGAGAAGAAGGCCGCCGAAGAUGCCAAGAAGGAGGCGGAUGAGUUGAUGAACAAGCCGGCCCAGAUCCAAAAGGUCCCCUUCGGCGUCGACCCCAAGACAGUUGUCUGUAUUUUCUUCAAGAAAGGCAACUGUGAGAAGGGGAAGAAAUGCAAGUUCGCCCACGACCUGAGCUUGGAGCGCAAGACGGAGAAGCGAAACCUGUACACAGAUGGCAGAGCUGAGGAAGAGGAGAAGAAAAAGCAAGAGACAUCUGAGGAUUGGGACGAAGAGAAACUGCGGACAGUUGUCCUGUCUAAGAAGGGAAACCAGCAGACUUCUACCGACAAGGUCUGCAAGUUCUUCAUCGACGCCAUCGAGAAUGGCAAAUACGGUUGGUUCUGGAUAUGUCCAAACGGAGGCGACAAGUGCAAAUACAAACAUGCUCUUCCACCAGGCUUCGUUCUCAAGACCAAAGAACAGCGGGCCGCUGAGAAAGCUCUUAUGGAUAAGUCCCCCCUAAAGACGCUAACGCUCGAAGAGUUUUUGGAGUCCGAGAGGCACAAGCUCACCGGAACCCUCACACCCGUGACACCAGAGAGCUUUGCCAAGUGGAAGCAGGAUCGUCUAGACAAAAAGGCUGCUGAAGAGCAAGCCCGAAAGGCCAAGGAGGCUACUGGUCGUGCACUUUUCGAGAGUGGCAAUUGGAGAUUUACCGAGGAGGCUGCUUCUGAUGAUGAGGGAGAUGAUGACGAAGACGACGGCAUCUGGAAUCUAGAGAAGAUGCGGAGAGAGACCGAGGCUCUGCGUCUAAAGAGGGAGGAAGAGCGAUUAGGUAUUGCGAACGGCUACACGGAGCCCACCGUUCCUCCAGAUACUGGAGACGGCGCCGCGAAGGCUUCAGGCUCUUGA